AUGUCUACCGAUAAGAUUACAUUUUUGUUGAACUGGCAACCAACUCCAUACCACAUUCCAAUCUUCUUGGCUCAAACCAAGGGUUACUUCAAGGAACAAGGUCUAGACCUUGCCAUCCUAGAGCCAACCAACCCUUCCGAUGUCACUGAAUUGAUUGGUUCUGGUAAGGUUGACAUGGGUUUGAAGGCCAUGAUCCACACCUUGGCUGCUAAGGCCCGUGGCUUCCCAGUCACCUCUGUCGCUUCCUUGUUGGACGAACCUUUCACUGGUGUUUUGUACUUGAAGGGCAGCGGUAUCACUGAGGACUUCCAAUCUCUAAAGGGUAAGAGAAUUGGUUACGUCGGUGAAUUCGGUAAGAUUCAAAUCGAUGAAUUGACCAAACACUACGGUAUGAAGCCAGAAGACUACACCGCCGUCAGAUGUGGUAUGAACGUCGCCAAGUACAUCAUCGAAGGUAAGAUCGAUGCUGGUAUUGGUAUCGAAUGUAUGCAACAAGUCGAAUUGGAAGAAUACUUGGCCAAGCAAGGCAGACCAGCUUCCGAUGCUAAGAUGUUAAGAAUUGACAAGUUGGCUUGUUUGGGUUGCUGUUGUUUCUGUACCGUCCUUUACAUCUGUAACGACGAAUUUUUGAAGAAGAACCCAGAAAAGGUCAGAAAGUUCUUGAACGCCAUCAAGAAGGCCACUGACUACGUUCUAUCCGACCCAGUUGCCGCUUGGAAGGAAUACGUCGACUUCAAGCCUCAAUUGAACAACGACCUGUCUUACAAACAAUACCAAAGAUGUUACGCUUACUUCUCUUCAUCUUUGUUCAAUGUCCAUCGUGACUGGAAGAAGGUUACCGGUUACGGUAAGAGAUUGGCCAUUUUGCCACCAGACUACGUCGCCAACUACACUAACGAAUACUUAUCUUGGCCAGAACCAGAAGAAGUUUCUGAUCCAUUAGAAGCUCAAAGAUUGAUGGCCAUUCACCAAGAAAAAUGUAGACAAGAAGGUACCUUCAAGAGAUUGGCUCUUCCAGCUUAA